GGUAGGAUCCAGAAGAAUUGUUGAGAAGGAAAUUUCGCGCGAAAUGUUUGUUCCGUGCGCUUGGGCGACUUGUCAUGGCGAAUGUUUAUUGGCUGAUAGAGUCCGUGGAACAGUACGAGGGCGUGGAGGACGUCAAGCGCAGGGUCGAGCAGGCCGUGCGAGGAAAGGUUAAGCAGAAGCAGUUGCUGAGUGUCAACGACAAGGCUUUAUUGAAUAAGCCCACAGAAGACCGCACUGAUCAUGAGAAGAGGUAUCUUUACAGAAUCAUUGGUGGCCUGAAAUGCUUUAAGCGUUAUCCUAACCAUGUUAAAAGGAAAUUGGCAGCGUUGACGUACUUUAAGUACUACGGGCCGGGACGUGUGAUAGUGAAGCAGCACCAAGAAGCCCAUGCUCUGUACUUCAUCGUGACUGGCGACGUCGCAGUUAGCCAGUCCGCAUACGACGAUCUUCUUCAACAAUACGUGUCUAUAGAAAUCGGCACUAUGCAUGCCGGAGAUAUGUUUGGAGAGGUCUCCCUUCUACAUAAUAUUAACAGAACAGCUACUGUUACUACUGUUGGCCACUGUGAGUUGCUGCAACUGUUAAAGGAAGACUUCAAAAACGUGCUCUUGUCGUCUGUCCAAAAACAAUGGGAUGAAGUGCGCAGGGCCAUGUCAGCAUUUACUUAUUUUGAUGCUCUGGACGAUGUGGCUAGUCGAGAAGGUUGUAUAGUGGCUAAACUGAAGUCAUUCGUCAUCGAUGAAACGCUUCUCGGAGAUGGGUGUGGAAUACCUAAUUACGUGUACUUCAUUCUCUCCGGCCGAGUCCAGAUGAUAGAGUCGCUACAAGUUAUCGUUACCAGUCGACUUGGCCACAAAUAUUAUACUCUAUAUGAUCCAUGGGUACCGAAAGAAGAAAGUGAACAGGACUUUGAAAAGAAAUGGUUUGCCGCGUAUCCAAAUCUAAACGCAGAGAGUCAAGGAGUGCCAAAAGAACAAAGUGGAAGCGGAAUGUUGCCAGAGCGGGGCACAUUGAGCACCGCCACACAGACACACUCCAGGAGCGCAGCUGGUAGCAUACUGAAGCUACGAGCAUCAUCCACUCCAAAUUCUACCGUAUUCAGCCGGCAACUGUCCUUUGUAGCACAAGAGGAUAAAACAAGUGAAGUUGCACAAAAAGAUUCUGGUGAACUGGACAAAGUAGAAUCUGGGUUACAUGUAAAUGUAGGCGUUAACACUACAGAUGAGUUCAAGAGAACCAGUUUCGAUAAUAGUGCGGAUGAUGUGAAACCUGGACAAAGAACUUUGUCACGUGUCAGGCACAGUGAUGUCGUAUUAUCACGAAGAUUUAGUGCAGGUGGGUCAAGUCGCCAGGAGAGCGCUACGGAUUCAAAGUUGCUGCUGUCUCCUAUUGAUGAAGGACGACCAUCUGUCAGAUACAGCAUUAUGCCGACUAAUGAAUUAAUUGCAGCUGGUCAUUCAAAAAUGAAAACCUAUUUUAUGCAGGUUUGCAUGAUGAACCCUGGAUCCACAUUUGGUUUCGGCGAGAAUAUGCGUGACAGACGUAUAGUGGCUUUGACUCCCGUAAACUGCAUACUUAUGCCCAAGGUAUGGCUCUUGCAGCGCAAUACGGCCAAUAUAUGGACACGGAUACAAUAUUACCUCGAGAAAAAGAUCCCGAAUAAGCAGCAGUUGUUCAACGAGUUCCUCAACCAGCGCCGGUGGGAAGAGUAUAGACAGCAGUUGGUGGGAGACGUGGUGGCGGGCGCCAAGACCGUCAACUACACCACGGUGCACGACGUGCCUUACUCCGUGCGGAUGGAGGAGAUGUACGACAUCUGA